AAUUAAUGCAAGGUAUCUACUUACCCGACAGUACCUACAGCUGUUGCCGCCGGCACUAAACACGCCGCUGGGGCACCGCUUUGGGUCCACGUGUGCUGGGCUUAUGUACAUAGUAGGCGGAGCCCUCUGCAUGUCUCCCGCUGCAACCGCGCCUAUGGCCGAUGACGUUAGCAGUCCCCUAUCGCAGCAGCCUGGAGAUAAGGCUAAGUCCAUGCGACAACGGGCAGCAGCCAUCAAGGUGCAGCUGACACCCACCUAAUUCAACACCCAUCACCUAUCCCGUCCAUCGCCAUCCAUCCCGACGUGUGCGCGCGCUUUCAUCCCGUGUCGUCCGACGCAUGACGAUUUGAUCCUAUUAUCCCCGCGAUUCUCCACCAUCAAACCGUCGAAUCAGACACAUCAAACGGCGAACGGAAUCAAGGCAGCCGACACCGGAAGUGGGUUGGAUUGCGGAGGACGGUCAAGGCGAUUCACGACUCGUGAACGCCAGUUGCACUCUUUUUAAGACGGACUUUCGACAUUACAAGGACGCCGGCAGCAUUGCAUGUCGGCAGAUCAGCCCAGUAUUAGACUUGGUCCCAUACCAACAAGUUCCAGCGGAGAUUCCAGACAUCUCCAAGGGUCAACGACAGCUACCCGUGACAACGGACCACCAACUAUCAUGGAUCGACUAAAGAACUUCCUGACGCCGGUGAAGGCAACAGACGAGGAGUAUGAGCCGCUGGCAGACGACUCCUCAUUGACACUCGAGGAGGAAGGAGAGACAUACGAAGACCAGGCGCCUUUCUCAUGGAUGGAAUACGCCAUCUUCGUCUUGAUCGGCGUCGCCAUGCUCUGGGCAUGGAACAUGUUCCUCGCUGCUGCUCCCUACUUUCAAACCCGGUUCGAAUCCAACGAAUGGAUCCUCGCCAACUCCCAAUCCGCUAUCCUCUCCGUCUCGACAACCGCCAACCUCUUGGCUCUGCUCGUCUUGAUGAACAUCCAGUCCUCAGCCAACUAUCCUUUGCGUAUCAAGGCCUCUCUGAUCGUCACCAUUGCCGUCUUCGGUCUCUUGACCAUCUCGACUGUCGCCUUCCGCAAUGUCUCCGCGGCCACCUACCUCGUCUUCCUGCUGCUCAUGGUCGGCGCCUCCGCCUGGGCCUCCGGCAUGUUGCAAAACGGCGCCUUCGCCUUCGCCGCCAGCUUCGGUCGACCAGAGUACACCCAAGCCAUCAUGGCCGGCCAGGGCGUGGCCGGGAUUCUGCCCCCACUAGCACAAAUGAUCUCCUACCUCGCGGUGCCUCAGCCCGGCGAGUCUAACCCUCCCUCCAACUCAACACCUGCCGCCACCACUACUCUCGACAGCACCCCAGAAGCGGCCCCCAGCACCUCGGCCUUCAUCUACUUUCUCACCGCCGUGCUAGUCUCCCUUGCCACCCUCAUCGCCUUCUACCCCCUCGUCAAGCGCCACAACGCGCUCGUCGAAUCCCGCCUCAUGCUCGACGAAGACACCCAACAACAAAUCCUCUCGCAGUCCAUCACCUCCCUCGAGGAAGCCGAGCGGCUUCGCCGACACUACGUCAGCCCUUCCACCCUUUUCCGCAAGCUCAAUUUGAUCGCCGUCUCUGUCUUUUUGUGUUUUGUCAUAGCCAUGUUCUUUCCCGUUUUCACAGCCAAAAUCCUGUCCGUCCACAAUGACUCUGUCAUCUCCCCUGGUCCGGGGGAAAAAGAAGCGUCGUCUAUAUUUGCCCCCGGAGCCUUCAUCCCUCUCGGCUUCUUCUUCUGGAACCUCGGCGACUUGCUCGGUCGCGUAUCCCCCAUGUUCCUCCCCUUUUCACUGCGGGAUCGCCCCGUGGCCUUGUUCGCGGUGGCGGUCGCGAGACUGGUCUUCUUGCCCAUGUACUUGCUUUGCAACAUCCGUGGCCAGGGAGCGGUGGUGGAUAGCGAUCUGUUUUAUUUGUUGGUGGUGCAGUUGCCCUUUGGCUUGACGAAUGGGUGGUUGUGUACGAGCAGCAUGAUGGCUGCCGGGGAGUGUGUGGAUGAGGGCGAGAGGGAGGCGGCGGGCGGCUUUAUGAGUAUGUGUCUUGUAGGUGGAUUGUCGGUGGGGAGUUUGGCUAGUUUUAGCGUUGCUGGCAUCUGAUGUCGUUGAUGUUGGUGUGAUUCCUCUUUUCCUUUUUUAUUUUAUUUUUGAUUUGAUUUUAUUAAUCUCCGAUUUCGUUUUCUUUUUGAGGAUCGAAAUGUUGGAUAUGAAGUAGGAUGGAGCGGAUGGACCGCUUGCAUGCACAUUGUGAUUUGUGUUAGCGAACUGGGAAGGUUAGAGGCGUUUUGGUCUUGGAUCGUGUUAGCGAAGGUCUUGCUAGACUAGAAAGAUCAAACCUGUAAUGAACUCGUGGCAUUUAGAAGAUAUAUACCCAAUUACAACAUAAAGUAGAAUGUCAGUAAAUUUCCAAUAACCAAGACAUGCUAUCGCC